CCCGGAAGUUAUCGGUUAACUUCCGGGUCUGGGAAUCACGCUGCGUGUUUCUUCAUAGAAACUUUUUCCCAGCCGUAGUUUUUGUAAACUAGAAAUGUUUUUCAGAUGAUUUUGCAGCAUAUUUAUUAUUUAUGCAGUGACUGGAAAACAGCGGACAUUUUUGCCGUAAAUGCAGCGGGAUUAGCCACUUAGCUUAGCUUCUUGCAGAGUUGUUUUUUAUAGCAUCUCAUUCGCACAUGUAAACACAUAGCUGUAAUCUUAUGUGGCCCAAAAGGUUCAGAUAGAUGACGUAAUCCCUGACUUAAGUUUAUGUUUGGACCUGAAGUUGAACAUGUGGAUCCAGAGCAUCAGACGCUGCAUCCGGUCACAUUCAUGUUCGGGAGGCACCAGAGGAGUCUGCAGCCCAGCGGCUGAUGGGUCGGACCGGCUCCGUGUCCUACUGCAGCUCUGCGCGGACAGAUUCUACAUCUCUCCCGGGGAAAGCAACGCGGAGCUUUUCCGGAGAGGCUGGAGCUGCAGCUACGGUCCGCUGGGCGUGGAGCUGCGGGGGAACCUGCUGCGGCAGUGGUGGCACUCAGUGACCGGGUCUAAGGAGCGGGUGUUCGGAUUGAGCACACCGAGCUUCAGCGCGGAGCAAAGAGCGGCUGGAGCCCGGCUGGUUGAAGCCGAACACGUCCAGCAGAUACUGGAUCGGUCCGAUUUAAACAGAGAUCAGCUGAUCCAGGAGCUGAGGGGGCUGCUGCUGAGCUCUCCAUCUGUGAGGAGAAGUUUACUUCAAGGUGCCUUGGAGAACUUUGUGUCUUCGCUGGAAAUGGUGAACAGAAAACUCCCAUUUGGCCUGGCUGAGAUGGGUCCGUGUUUCCAGCCUUCAGAUGGCUCUGGUUGCUUCGCUGAGGUCAACCAGACGUCUCUGGUGUGGUUUUGCUCUCCCCGCACAUCUUCCCAGUGGCUGGACCACUGGGCACGGCAGAGGCUGAAGUGGUGGAGGAAGUUUGCCCUGUCCCCCUCUGACUUCAGCAGCGUUGAGGUGCCUGAGAACGAGCUUCAAGAGACGGCGUCUCGGGGGAUGAAGAUCUUGUUCAAUUUCCCAUGGGGUCCCGAAUCCCUGGAGACACUAUGGUGUCGAGGAGACGCAGAACUUCUGCAGACGUACAAGGGGGUCCGCAGCAAACUACAGAGUCGAGAUGGCCGGAAGUCCGUCCCCCACGUCGUGUCUGUGAGCGGCAACAUGGACCGCGGCGUCUUGGCCUUCCUGUCUAACUCCCUCCAGCAGCUCAGAAGAGAGGACGGCAAAAAGAGGCUGCAGCAGAGGAAGGUUCUGAAGCUGCAUCCAGUGUUGGCUCCUGUCAAGGUGGCUUUAGACAUUGGGAAGGGAGCCACGGUGGAACUUAGACAGGUCUGUGAGGGCCUCCUGCAGGAGUUCCUGGAAGCUAAGAUCUCUGCUUGGCCUGGGUAUCUUGAAACUCUGCCAUCAUCAUUAGAGCAUCUGAAUGCAAAAUAUGACGAGAUGGGAGUUCUCUUCUCUGUGGUAAUCAAUGAAAACACCCUGGAGAGCGGCCUCCUGCAGGUCCGCAGCAGAGACACAACCAUCAGAGAGACGAUGCACAUUUCAGAAAUCAGACACUUUCUCUCCAAAUAUAUUACUGCUGCAGACAAACUCUGAAAAGAAAAAAAAAUAUCUGGAUCAUAAAGGACUUUUCUCUCCCUACAGCAUUGAGUCACACAAAUAAACCUUCUGUAACCCAAUAA